GGAACUGUCCCAGGUGGCGCAGCGAAAUGGAUGGCAGAAUUGGAGGCCGGUCUCUGUGAGUCUUCCAGGCUUGCUCACGCUUGUCUCCUUCCAUCAGUUUCGAGAGGAGGGACGUCGUCACAGACUUCCCAAUCGGUGCGACUAAUCCUGUUAUCAGCUUAGUUAUAAAUAUUAACGUCCCCUAGCCCUUCGUCGAUGCUAUCGCAUCAGAUUCAGGGCUGUUAGGAAGCCGGUCGCCAAUCUCGCCACUCCCUGCGAGAAACCGAUGAGACACCGGGCCAAGAGGACGCGAUGGCGGUCUAUCCCGAGAGCUGCGUGGACGCCACCGUGCUGGACUUCGUCGCAGACCUGUCCCUCGCCUCCCCCGGGCACCCUCUCCUUUGUGACUUCGCGCCCGAAGUCCACUUUGGGAACCGAGGCCUUGUGCUCCAGGAGGGAAGACCCAGGAGUCUGGCGCGCUUUGAGGAGGAGGAUCCAGAAGAAGAGGAGGGCGAAGUAGACGAGGAGGAGGAGGAGGAGGAAGAGGAGCACGCAAGAGGCACCUCCCUGCUGGGUCGUCCCAAGAGGAAACGAGUGAUCACCUAUGCCCAGCGCCAGGCAGCCAACAUCCGCGAGAGGAAACGAAUGUUCAACCUCAACGAGGCUUUCGACCAGCUGCGGAGAAAGGUGCCCACUUUUGCGUACGAGAAAAGACUGUCCCGGAUCGAGACGCUACGCCUGGCCAUUGUCUACAUUUCCUUCAUGACCGAGCUCCUGGACAGCUGCAAGAAAAAGGAAACCUGCUGA